CACUUUUAACGUAACGUUCUUUCUAAUAAUAAUUUAUACAUUUUAGUUUAUCUAAUUUUUAUAAGCAAAUCUAAAAUAUAUAAAUACUUUUGAAAUCCAUGCAAAACUUAACUUAGUGGUCUGAAAAUUUGGACUUCUAGAUAUAUUACAUUGUUCACUUAGUCAGCUUGUGGUCUUUCUGGUCCAGGAUCGACACACCUGAACGGCUACUAGCUAUUACUCUAGCUCGGUUAACAACUUCAUGAUUUAUCCGGGAGAAUAUAGCACAAGUCAUUCUAUAAGAAAAAGUUGGACUAAUUAGAACAAGCAAAAUAAAAGAAAGAGUUAAGUCUUUGUUCUGGCCAUAAACUCUUUUCAGACCGAUAUUUUUUUAUGUUAGCAUUAAAUGGUUUUAAAAUAUAGAAGAAAUAUAUUCCUGAUACUUGAAAUUAAAUGCCUGAAAAUGUUCCAUAAAUUAAAUCUACCAUUUACGUAUAAAAUAAUAAAAUUGCGAGUGGCAAAUUACGUUAUUUGACACAAUAUAACAAAACAAUUUGGUACAAAGGGAAGUUAUUUAAGUUGUUGACUACGAAAAAAAAUGGAAGAAUAAAUGAGAACGUUAAUGUCGUCCAUGAAUAUAUAAAACCGGCAAUUAAAACAGGAUUAGUUAGUUCUUCAAAGCCUCCAAGUGUUCUCGGACUCUCAGGUCCUUGUUUCGACCCUUGAUGCAGGGGUGGAUUUGAAUGAGAUUGCAGGUGUCCUCCAGGAUAUCAAAAGCCUUGCCACUCUCUUCUGUCCUUUGUCGUUUAUUUUUAUUCCUCGUGUAGAAAACUCUCAGGCUGAUACUCUUGCUAAGUCAAGCCUCUCUAGAUUGUUAAUUGCUGUUUGAACUGGUUGGAUUUGAAGUAAUGCAAGUGGUUUGACAAAAAAAAAAACAGGAUUAGUUAGUAUACUCCACGUAAUACUAAAAAUAGCAUGUCUUUAUAUGGAAAGCUUUUAUGUAUAACUAAAAUAGAUAUCAUAGAUGUUACAAGAAAACUUUAAAAAUAAUAGAUAUCAUACGUUUUUUUCUUUUGGAACAUAGAUAUUAUACGUAAAUAUGUGUGUAUAACUCUGUGUAUUCAUAUUUUACCAAAAAAAAAAACUAUGUAUACAUAUUAAGUUUAAAAAAACAACUAUGUAUACAUAUUUAAUUAUAUUUUCCAAGCGCCAUGUUUGUUGUCAUAUAUUUUUCAUCUUCUUUUUUUUUAAAUAAGUUAUUUUCAUCUUGUUAAUUGUUUUAUAGUCGUUUUCUUGUCAUUUGAUUCUAAUAUACUGGAAAGUACUUAAAUCUCAUUAGUAUUUGAUAAGGAUAUCUUAUCGUCUUCAACAAAAAAGAAGAAGAAAAAAACUCAUUAGUUAUUAGAUGUAACAUAAUUAUCAUGAUAACUUACGUCAAACAAAAAUAUAAAUUACAUGUAUAUACUCAUACGGUUUAAGGUGAAACAGAAAAUAAACCAUGUCAUAAUUUACUAACCUGAACCAAACUAACGAAACAACAAAUCAAACCAAAAACCAAAGAAGAAUUUCUCCUACUUAUAAUCAAAUAUAAUCCACGUGUUCAUAAUCAUCUCCAACAUAAAUGGAAGUACAGCUUGGGCUUUCGUUACUCAUACAUUGUACCUUACUAUAUUUCCCGAUUGGAUUUGUUUUCCGCUUUUCAUUUAAGUUGUCCCUAUAUAUUUAACUUACUCAUCACUAUCCAUGCUCUUGGCAUAUAUGUAUACUGGAUAGGAAGCAAAUUUAAAUACAAGAAACUAAAACUUUGCAGCAAUGUAAAGAACAUGGGCUCCUCCCAGUCCUAUGUUUGAUGUAUAUGUUCAAUGAACCAUAACAUAGAAAGUACACUUGUUUUUAUAUACACUCACAUUAUACAUAGCUUUAAUUGUUGAAACAAAAAACAAAAUGAAAUUUCUAAUGUCAAAAAGAAAUUAAUUGAAGAUAGCUUCAUGAUUUGAUCAAUAAAUCAACUUCAAAUAUUUUAAAAAGCCUCAGCAAUGUUGUUUGGGCAGUUAAGUAAGCGUAAACACCCAAAAAGGGAACAAAGCUACAUGGUACAGAUCAUCCAUCAGCUUAAAGAAUCUUUCUUGUCUCUCUUUAUUAACUAGAUCGUAAUCUUUUGGGCUUUGUGUCCAAAUAAUUAAUUAUUAUUAACGUAUUAAUUAAUUGGAUUUUGUAACAUAACCUUUCAUUAGUGUAAGAGACACAAUUGAAAUUAUUUUCCUUCCUGGUUCACUGAAUCUCUCUUGGACUUAAAACACAUGCAGGGUGGAUUCAUAAGAAUUAACGAUAUGAUCAUUUUCUAAUUAACCUCGAAACAAGAUACGUCAGUUACAAAUCAAACUCGCUAAUUUCUUAGUUAACCAGUUUGAUUCAACGAAUGUUUUAGGUUAAACAAGUGGCUUUUCUUUAUCUUUCGGUUUUCUUUCAUUUACUAGAGUUUUUUUAACGAUAAGGAUAAGAUCGACUCGGAGUGUUUAGCCUUUUAGGCAGAGAUAUAUGUUAAACUAUGUGAUAUUAUGUUAUGAUUCCAUUUAUAGUUAAAGAAUAGUUGACUCGUGACUUGUCACUUGUGAGAAGGUGGUAGCUCAGGUAAAUAUUUUGAAAAUUGAUUUCGAAACUUUAAAGAAAAGUUAUAUAUACAGUUAAAUAUUAUAACAAGAUUUAUGGAGCAAAAUUAUGUAAUAUCACAAGCGAUAUUGUAGUCUAACAAAUUUGUUUAUGUUGAUUGAUUCUUUUUUUUUGAGCAAAUGUUGUUGGUUGAUUCUAAAUAUAAUAUAUUAUCAACAAAUUGUUUUAGUUACAACUAGACAGUAGAUAAUUCACUAGAAAAGGUUCAAGACUAAUGAGUUUCACUCUAUAAAAGAUCCCACAUGAAAAAAAAUGUAUGGUAUAUGAUGACCAACCGUUGGUCAUCUUUUUUUUCCUUCUUAACACAGCCAGUAAUUAUAUUUUUAGCUACCAAGUAUUAAUGGAUAUCAGGGUGACAAGGUUACAUUAAUCUCAAGGAAAAUGCAGUUAUUAGAUAUGGCUAACACAUUCCAUUUGGGCCUGUGGACAUUACAUUAACUUGGGUUUACUUAGCAUGAUAAUGAGCUGUCUUAUCGUUUUGCAUAUGGACGUUUGGACCAAAGUGUGGUCAGAUAAUUCAACUAACUAGUAUUACAUUGACCGGUCAGUAGCGUAAUUUCCUGAUAAAUUGAUAAACAAAACAAAAAAAAAAACAUGAUUCAAAGACCAGUCAUUUUCCCUUACCCAAUAACAUCACUAUCUAUUUGCAAUGUUUACCACAAUAAAACUAAUUAUAUAUAGACUAUAAACGAUUGUCUAAGCAACAUGUUACUGUAAAGCGAGUCAAGUUUGUUAUAGGAGGAUUGUCUACUAAUAUCGAAAUAUUACCAAAACAAUCUUCAAAAAGCAAUACACAGUUAUUUAUUUACACGUAGAAUAGGUGAAUUCUCAAAAUGUAAAAUGUAAAAACUCGGUUUUACGGAAUUCAUUAUUUGAUUUUGAGGGCUUAUGGAACAAGUACAAAACAGGUAUGGGUAGACAUCUACUAGAAACUUUCUUGAAUUAAAGAGACUUGAACCGAAAUAUUGAUAUUUUUAAAUUUAAAAAAAAAAUCAUGGUAAACGAACAAGUCAAAAAGAUUAUAGUUUAAAGCUCAGAUAUCAACUUCGAAGGUACUCCAUAUUAUUAACAAACGUUACGCUGAUCCCCCAACGUCUUUCAGGAAGUUGCUUAAAAGCCUUCUUCUUCGAUUAUUGUUUUCAAAUUUUCUUGAUAAUGUAUUUUAGUCCGGUUUUCACAUUAAUUUCUCAUUUAAAGACGUAAACAUGAGUAUUUUAUAUAUAUUUUGAGAGAUUCACCAACCUUUUAUUUACACCAUGACGCUAUAUAAGAAUUUGUACUCAGCCACGAUAUCUUCAAUACAAUCUACAUAACCAAAACAAGAGAUUUAAUACAAAGUACAAUCUCAUCAUUGCAUAAAACCGGAAAAUUAACCGGAAAUGAAGAUGAUCCGGUACCCCAGUUUUCUCUUUCUCUUCUUGUAUCUUCUUGGGUUUCUUGGCCAAUCUCCGGUGGAUGCAGCGGUGAAGAAGUACCAAUUCGAUGUUCAAAUGAAGAACGUAAGCCGGUUAUGCAAUGCUAAACCGAUUGUCACUGUCAACGGAAUGUUCCCUGGACCAACGGUUUACGCAAGAGAAGGUGAUCGAGUCAUCAUCAACGUCACCAACCAUGUACAAUACAACUUGUCCAUCCAUUGGCAUGGGCUUAAACAGUACCGGAACGGUUGGGCAGAUGGUCCAGCAUACAUAACUCAAUGUCCGAUGCAGACCGGACAGAGUUAUGUUUAUGAUUUCAACGUAACCGGACAACGUGGGACUCUCUGGUGGCACGCACACAUCCUCUGGUUACGAGCCACCGUGUACGGAGCUAUCGUUAUCUUGCCUCAACCAGGAAAACCGUAUCCUUUCCCACAACCAUACCAAGAAACCAACAUAGUCCUCGGAGAGUGGUGGAACGGAGACGUUGAGACGGCGGUUAACCAAGCCAACAAGCUGGGCGCACCGCCUCCGAUGUCGGAUGCUCAUACCAUAAACGGAAAGCCCGGACCGCUCUUUCCAUGUUCAGAGAAACACACGUUCGUGGUGGAGGUGGAAGCAGACAAAACAUACCUUCUAAGAAUCAUCAACGCAGCGCUAAACGACGAGCUAUUCUUCGGUAUUGCAGGCCACGACAUGACCGUGGUGGAGAUCGAUGCAGUCUACACUAAACCGUUCACAACAAAAUUUAUUCUACUCGGACCAGGUCAAACCACAAACGUUCUAGUCAAAACCAACCAGUCUCCAAACCGUUACUUCAUGGCAGCUGGUCCAUUCAUGGACGCUCCAGUAACCGUAGACAACAAAACCGUAACCGCGAUUCUUCAAUACAAAGGCGUACCAAACACGAUCAUACCGAUUCUACCAAAGCUUCCUUCGCCUAACGACACAUCGUACGCUUUGGACUAUAACCAAAAGCUCAGAAGCCUCAACACGCCAAACUUUCCAGCUCUUGUUCCUUUAAAAGUCGACCGUAGAUUGUUCUACACGAUCGGUCUAGGCAUCAACGCGUGUCCGACAUGUGUGAACGGGACAAAUCUCGCAGCUUCGAUAAACAACAUCACAUUCGUUAUGCCUAAAACUGCUCUCUUGAAAGCUCAUUACUUCAACAUCCCGAACGUUUUCAGGACGGACUUCCCUGAUAGACCGCCUAAACCGUUUAACUAUACCGGUGUCCCACUCACGGCUAACCUUGGAACUUCUACGGGGACUAGACUGAGCCGAGUUAAGUUCAAUACGACAAUUGAGCUUAUUUUGCAAGAUACCAAUCUCCUAACCGUUGAGUCACAUCCUUUCCAUCUCCACGGCUAUAACUUUUUUGUGGUUGGAACUGGUGUUGGAAACUUUGAUCCCAAGAAAGAUCCGGCUAAGUUCAAUCUCAUUGACCCCCCUGAGAGAAACACAGUUGGAGUACCUACUGGUGGGUGGGCUGCCAUCAGAUUCAGAGCUGAUAAUCCAGGUGUUUGGUUUAUGCACUGUCACUUGGAAGUCCACACAAUGUGGGGUUUGAAGAUGGCUUUUGUCGUCGAGAACGGGAACACACCUGAGCUUUCCGUUCUACCACCGCCUAAGGAUUAUCCGUCCUGUUAAGAAUCUGAUUAUUUGUUUAUUGUAUUUCCCUUUCUCUGUUUAUUUGUGUGUUUGAGAUUGUUUCAUGUGGGGUUGCACAACAUCAACACCACCACAAAAUUUGCAUAAGAAAUGUAACUAAAUGUUUUCCAACAAAGAUCUUCAAUA